CAGGUGCCCCGCGGGCUUCCGGCUCCGCCCUUCCCUCCCCUGGCGCUUCGGCUCAACCGCUGCUUCGAGGCUCGCGCCCGCGGCCACGGCGCGCGCGGUCCGACUCGGUCCACCUCCGGGGGGGGGGGGGCCGCGUGCAGGGGGCCCCGCCCGACCAUGGCCAAGGUGGGGCCUGCGCCCCACACUGCAACUGGCGCGGGGUCGGCUCUGCCCAGUGCCCGCGCGGGAAAGGCCAGGGAGUGCAGGCUGCCCUGCUGCGCAAGGUGGCUGAUCAUGCGGCGUGUGAGCCAUUUCGGUAAGGUGUCGAUCGUGGCUGCUCUCGUGACCCUCUCACUGGCCUUCGUCAAGUUCCACCUGUCGUUGGAGGCGGAGGAAGAGCAGGCGUUGGCGACGCUUGGGAACACUGCCAAGACGGUGGCCAAUGCUUUGAGGCUCCAGAUGGAGUCCGACCUGUGGGUUCUCGACAGCGUAGCAAAUCUGUGGCACCUUGACAGCCAGCUGUCCAGACACGAAUUCCGCCAGUACGUGCUCUCGCCCUACUUCAUGCCAAAGCUGACUGCAAUGAGAACAGUGAUCCUAGUGCACCGCGUCCAAGCACAGCACCGAGAUCUCUACGAGAUGGACCCUGAAUCCGUGGAGGUGCGCGAGGAUUGUUGCAACGGCACGGCCUAUGACAUCCCAUCGGAGGGGCUGUAUUGUAGGGACAGUGCCAAGAACCAGUGCAGGAUCACUGGUGAGCCGCGCCUUCACAUCACGGCGGCUUUUCCUCAGCCGGAGGGCGGUAAGCCUGAGGUAAUGCCAGCGUCCGUUGACGACCCAGAGCACUUGGUUGUUUGGUACCAGGAGCCCCUGGAGCUGAACCCGGGACCCACCGGGUUCGACCUUGGUUCGUUGGCGAGCCGCAGGGUGGGAUUCGAAGAGUCGACCGAGACGGGGCGCAAGGCUUUCACGAAGCGGUUGUUGCGGCAGUUCGCCACGGUGCCUGAGUACGGAAUGUUGGUGUGGAACAAUGUCUUCACCGACAAUGCAGCGUUUGGCAACAGCUCCUUGCUUCAGGGAGCGCCCAUCUUCACGAAGGCCGAGGUCGAGCAGCAGGGCAAGGAGCCAUACGCGAUCGGCAGCGUAGUCGCCGUGUACACUUUGCAGCACAUGCUGACGGGCCUCAUUGAGAACGUGUUUGGCAGGGAACUCGAGGAUACGCGCCUGUACUUGUUCGACGAGCGCCCGACCACGGGCGAGUCGGAGAGAUUGUUGGCCAUCUACGAUGCCCAGAUGACAAAAGCGGAGGUUGGUAAUCUGGUUGUGGAGAUGGGCGAGAUGCACAGGGAUGAGAUCAUCGCCCAAACAGAACACACCCAGCUCAAUCGGUUCCUGAUCUGCGAUGGCUAUAUGUCGCUCUCAGUGGCCGUCGCGCCGAAGCGCAACUAUUUCCGCCACCGCGUGUCCAAUGUACCCCACUUCAUCUUAGCCAUCACACUGGUCAUGAUCAUGAUCUCGCAGCUUGAGCGGUGGUGUGGGCACCCCUUCAUCGUCAGCCAGCACGGGCUUGUGCGGGAGCUCAUCGAGAAGCGAUUGAUGCAGCAUUUGAAUUUGCGGUUGCCUGCCGGCAUGAAGUGUGAAGACUACAUUUGCGACGGCCAGCCCGACACCGACGGCGACGCCGACGGUAGGGACCGCGGCUUCGACUUUGUCACGCCUUGA